AGCGUGGCUCUGGCAGGGAUGCGUUCAGGCAGCGACUGGUGGAUGACAGGUGAAGACAAACCUGACUUGGACGGCGUACGAGUUAACGGCAAAGGCAAGAAGAUGCGUAAGCCGCGCACCAUAUAUUCAAGUCUUCAACUUCAACAUCUUAAUAAAAUAUUUCAACGCACCCAGUACCUCUCCCUGCCUGAGCGAGCUGAACUCGCCGCUUCGCUUGGUCUAACUCAAACCCAAAUCAAAAUUUGGUUCCAGAACCGCCGCAGCAAAUACAAGAAGCUCAUGAAGGUGGUCCAGAGCGGGGGUAGCCCCGGCACCCCCAUGGGGAACCCUAUAACCCCAGGCUCCCCAUUAGGGGGUUCACCCCUUGACGGGGCCUCACCUCUGGGCCAGCCAGUCCCCUCAACAACCCCUCAAAGCGUCUCAUCCCCACCACCCUCAUCCCACAGCCCUGGGGCUUCUUUACCAUACUCAUCCAUACCCAUCACAACCCCAACGCCGUCCCACUCUCAAACUCCCCAACCUAACUCCUCUUCUUCCUCAUCCUCGAGGCUGCCUCCCCAGCAGGGCAACUCUUCCACUUCCUCCUCAUCUAGCGUCCCCACCGCCCUUCCACACAUGGCUGUCCCCCCCGCGGGGAACGCGUCGCAAAACUCCAACGUCCCCACCAACUCCCCAGGAGCUGGUGCCCAGAACAGCGCCGCGUCCCCACACCAGUGGGACAUGAAGCCCUCUUACAUAUACCCCUGGUACAACCCCGACAACCCCAACCUUCUUAGUUAAACCCCCUCCCCAACCCUCCUACAUAUACCCCUGGUACAACCCCCACAACCCCAACCUCCUCAGUUAAACCCCUCCCCGACCCUCCUACAUAUACCCCUGGUAAUACCCCCACAACCCCAACAUUCUCAGUUAAACCCCUC